CUUUGAUAGUGUAUACAAUUUGUAAUUUGGAGUGAAAUGGCAAAUACUAUAUGCCAUAGUAAGUAAGGACGCCUGGUGGCGCUCCAGGCUAGAGUAUGAAUGAAAGGCUCUAUGGCUAUCCCGGACGCCAUUAAGCUGGAAUCAGAACAAUGAGCGCUUCCUAAAAGAAGGAAGCAUUUUAGUAAGAUCUAGCGGCAGUUAUCUUCAGAGAGGACAUCAUUCUAGGGCGAGUCGUCAGAAAUAUCUAAAUCGAGGUUAUUUAACCAAAUCAUCUGGGCUGAUUGUAUACAGAGUUGAAGAAACUGCACCUUAUUGAAUUGGGUCUGAGCAAUGGAGACUGCGCUAGCAAAAACACCACAGAAAAGGCAAGUUAUCUUUCUUGCUAUAUUGUUGCUUUUGUGGGAGGCUGCCUCUGACGCAAUUAGGUAUUCCAUGCCAGAAGAAACAGAAAGUGGCUCCUUUGUGGCCAACCUGGCAAAAGACCUGGGGCUUAGGGUGGGGGAGUUAGCUACCCGGGGCGCGCGAAUCCAUUACAAAGGAAACAAACAGGUCUUGCAGCUGGAUGUAGAAACCGGGAAUUUGCUGCUAUAUGGAAAACUAGACCGGGAGGUGCUGUGCGGGGCGACAGAUCCCUGUAUAUUAUAUUUCCAGUUAUUACUGGAAAACCCGGUGCAGUUUUUUCAGGCUGAUCUGCAACUUACGGAUAUAAAUGACCAUUCCCCACAGUUCCUAGACAAGGAAAUGCUCCUAAAAAUCCCAGAGAAUGUUCAGCCAGGGACCAUAUUUCCUUUGAAAAUAGCUCAGGACUUGGACAUAGGUAUCAACACUGUGCAGAACUACACAAUCAGCCCCAACUCCCAUUUUCACGUUGUCACUCGUAAUCGCGGAGAUGGCAGAAAAUACCCAGAGCUCAUGCUGGACAAAGCGCUGGAUCGGGAGGAGCAGUCUGAGCUCAGUUUAACCCUCAUGGCGCUGGAUGGUGGGACUCCGCCCAGGUCCGGGACCACUGCAGUCCACAUUGAAGUCGUGGACAUCAAUGAUAAUGCUCCUCAGUUUUUACAGUCGCUCUAUGAGGUACCGGUUCCCGAGAACAGCCCCCUAAACUCCUUAAUUGUUGUUGUCUCUGCCCAAGAUUUAGAUGCAGGAACAAAUGGGAAUGUAGUCUACACUCUAUUCCAAGGCAAUGAAGUUACUCAACCAUUUGUAAUAGAUGAAAUUACAGGAGAAAUUCGUCUGAAAAAGGCAUUGGAUUUCGAGGCAACUCGAUACUAUAACGUGGAAAUUGCAGGCACAGACGGCGGGGGCCUUUCAGGAAAAUGCACUGUAGCUAUAGAGGUUGUGGAUGUGAAUGACAACGCCCCUGAACUUACCAUGUCGACGCUCACAAGCUCUACCCCAGAAAACUCACCAGAGACUGUAGUGGCUGUUUUCAGUGUUUCUGAUCCAGACUCCGGGGACAACGGUAGGAUGGUUUGCUCCAUCCAGAAGGAUCUCCCCUUUCUCCUGAAACCCACAUUCAAGAACUUUUACACCCUAGUUACUGAGAGACCGCUGGACCGAGAGAGCCAGGCCGAGUACAACAUCACCAUCACCGUCACUGACCUGGGCACCCCCAGGCUGCAAACCCAGCACCACAUGACGGUGACGGUGUCCGACGUGAACGACAACGCGCCGGCCUUCAGCCACACCGCCUACACCCUGCGGGUGCGCGAGAACAACAGCCCCGGCCUGCACAUCGGCCGCGUGAGCGCCGCGGACAGAGACGCGGGCGCCAACGCGCAGGUCACCUACUCGCUGCUGCCGCCGCACGACCCGCGGCUGCCCCUGGCCUCGCUGGUGUCCCUCAACGCGGCCACCGGGCAGCUGUUCGCGCUCAGCUCCCUGGACUUCGAGGCGCUGCGCGCGUUCGAGUUCCGCGUGGGCGCGGCCGACCGCGGCUCGCCGGCGCUCAGCAGCCAGGCGCUGGUGCGCGUGCUGGUGGGGGACGCCAACGACAACGCGCCCUUCGUGCUGUACCCGCCGCAGAACGGCUCGGCGCGCUGCCCCGAGCUGGUGCCCAGGGCGGCCGAGGCGGGCUACCUGGUGACCAAGGUGGUGGCGGUGGACGGCGACUCGGGCCAGAACGCCUGGCUGGCGUACCAGCUGCUCAGGGCCACGGAGCCCGGGCUGUUCGGCGUGUGGGCGCACAACGGCGAGGUGCGCACGGCCAGGCCGCUGAGCGCGCGCGACGCCGUCCGGCACAGGCUGCUGGUGCUGGUCAAGGACAACGGCGAGCCGCCGCUGUCGGCCAGCGUCACGCUGCACGUGCUGCUGGUGGACGGCUUCUCGCAGCCCUACCUGCCGCUCCCGGCCGCGGCGGCGGCCGAGGCCCGGGCCGACCCGCUCACCGUCCACCUGGUGGUGGCCUUGGCGUCGGUGUCGUCGCUCUUGCUGGUGGCGGUGCUGGGGUUCGUGGCGGUGCGGCUGGGCAGGAGGAGCCGGGCCGCGGCGGGGGGCGGCUGCUCGCUGCCCGAGGGCCCCUUCGCGGGCCACCUGCUGGACGUCAGCGGCGCGGGGACCCUGUCGCACAGCUACCAGUACCAGGUGUGUCUGACGGAAGGCCCCGGGUCAAAUGAGUUCAAGUUCUUGAAGCCUAUUAUCCCCAAAUUUCCGCCCCAUGGCGCUGUCGAAGUAAUAGAGGGAAAGGCCACCUUCCGGAAUAGCUGUGGAUUCAAUUAGGGAUCUGAUCAUAAUGCCCUGUGUUUUGCCAUUUAUCUCUAAUUUCCCCAAAUACCAAGUUUGAGAACGUCACGGAGAAAAACCCCACCUUCAGGUAUGAUUUCCCUUUUGUAGUAAAUUUAUCCUUUGAACUUUAUCUUGUCCAGUUUUGAAAAACUGAAUUCUAUGUCAUGGCAUCUAUUUACACAGUGCCACCCCAAAUCUAAGCAUGCUCUUGAUUUUUCUGAGAUGUUUGCUCCUGAUGGUAUUUGUCAGGGUGAGCUAUUUUAAUGAAAUCAAAUAUUGUUUUUCUCUGUAUUCUAUUCAUUUUUCAUCACACUCCAAGUGUUUUUGAUGCUAAAUAGCAAAAAUAAAAAUGUUUUUACAUAAUUUUGUUUUCAAAGGAAUACAUGCACAUGAUAACAAAUGUAGUGUGUGAGAAAACCUGACAAAAAGCAACAAUAAUCUGGGCACCUGGGUAGCUCCAGUGGUUAAGCCUGGGCUCUUGGUUUUGGUUCAGGUCUUGAUUUCAGGGUCAGGAUCUGCCUGUGUGGGGCUUUGGCUCAACUCAGAGUCAGCUUGAAAUUCUCUCUCUCUUCUUCUGCCCCUUCCCACCCCCCUGCGCUCUCUCUCAAAUAAGUAAAUUAAAAAAAAAAAAAAAGCAACAA